AUGGCGACGCCUACGAGUGAUGUCGAUCCAUCCGCGAGGCUGAUCACACCGGAUGGGCUACCACUUGCUAUCAUCGCCAUCUCAUCCAUCUUCUUCAUGCUUUCUGUCGUUACUGUGGCGUUGCGUACCUUCAUUCGAAUCAAGAAGCGCAUAUUUGGCCUGGAAGACACGUUCAUGGUUAUUGGCACGAUCGCAUACAUUCCUGUUACAGGUCUUGCAAUUUACGGAUGUCUGGUCGGCCUAGGCAGAAUGAACGAGGAUCUGAAUGCAUGGCAGCAGUCCGAAGCUAUCAAGUAUUACCUGAUCUGGAUCUUGGUAUACGUUGUUGCACUUGCAACCGUCAAAUCUUCAGUGUGCAUCACGAUCAGGCGGAUUGCUUCGAUCAAAAAGCCCAUGAGGAUCACUGUCUGGGUUCUACUGGCCGUAACAUGGGCAUCUUUUCUCGUCACCUUUGUCGGAACAUUGGCUUACUGCCAGCCAGUGCGGUCUCUAUGGACUCCGACGCUGAUCAUGAGCGGCGAAGGAAGGUGCGCUUCUGCGGAGACCUUUCUCAUCAUUGCGCACACUGCGACAGUGUCGACAAUCUUGACCGACAUGGCCCUGGUCAUCGUGCCGGCUAUCAUCUUAUGGAAUACACAGAUGAAAAGACAAGCCAAGAUCCAAGCAUUCGGCCUACUGUCCUUCGCCUCACUGGCGUCAAUCAUUACUAUGAUACGAAUUCCAUUUGUCAACAAAUUUGAGUCUCAGACCAAUCUUCCAUUUUGGGUUGCCCAUAUCGUCCUUUGCUCCAACGUCGAGACCGGAAUCGGGUGCUUUGCAUCCUCCCUACCGGCACUACGCCAUUUCUUCAACAACGAUCGCGACGGCAGCACAGAUCCGAACAGUAAGCGAUACAUAGCAACAACCACUGCAGGCGGCACCUCACGGAAAAGGAGAGGCGACAGCUAUCACGCGGACAUUGGCUUUAGCUUGUCUACUGUGCAUCAUGGGCGCGAUCAGGAUGCCUGGGAACGGAUACACGACGGCGCGUCUGAUAAGAGCACUGCACCGAUGCAUGAUAAGAGGAUCUACGCUGAGAGGACAUAUACGGUUGAUGUCGAGUCAGCUUAA